AUGUCAAAGCAUACUACUGGUCUUAUGCCAGCAGAACUAAAAACACAAUCAGCCCAAUUUCAAGAUAGGUAUAAAAUUUUACAAAAAUUAUACGAUCAGCUAGGAAGAUGCCGUUUAAAAGCUGAUGCACCGAGAUUAAAAAGAAUGGCAAUUGAACUGGAGCUAAGAGUGGCCAAAGCUAGUGCAUCACCCCAAAGCUAUCGUUUUCAUAUGAGUGUUUUACUACGAGAUCUUCUUAAGGAAAAAGGCAAUUUUAAAAAGAUCAAAGUUGCAGGGAAGCCCGUCAUAUCCAGCACCAAAAUGACUACUGGUAAACAUAUUGAUGACACUAUAACAAGAAAUAAGAACUACGUUAUGCAAAAAUUGGCAGAUAUGUUAAUUGACCCAAAGAUAUUGGAAAAGCAUAAAUAUAUCAUGUCGCGGAUUCUACCAGAUGAUUACAUUGAUAAUAGCGAGUAUGCUAAUUGCGAAAGAUGUAAUACAAAGUUCAAAAGAACCGAAAUUAUGCUGGAUACUUUAUGUACUUACCAUCCACAGAAGAAAAUUUACAAUAAAGAUACUAAGACCCAUGUGUUCCCAUGUUGUGGGGAAUCGACGACAUCUACCUCUUUUAUGCGAUUGGGAUGCAAAAAAGCAGAACAUCAUGUCUUCAAAAACGAUUCAUAUCCAGAAUUAAGAAAAAUAAGUGAUUUUUUAAAGACAUCUCUUAUUGAUGGGAAAGAAAAUGUUUUAGCUCUCGACUGUGAAAUGGCAUUUACUUCGAAGGGUUUCGAAAUGGUAAGGUUGACUAUAGUUGAUUUUUUUACAAGUAAGACGUUAUUUGACCAAAUUGUGGAACCAUUCGGGGAAGUUAUAGAUUUAAAUACCUUAUUUAGUGGUAUCCAUUCAGAGGAUAUGGAUAAAGCUGUUCCUUAUUUAGAUGUUAUGGACAGAAUUUUGACAUCUGAUUUGAUAAAUCGAAACAGUAUUUUAAUUGGUCAUGGUUUAGAAAAUGAUUUAAAUGUCAUGCGAAUUAUUCACCAAAAAAUUAUUGAUACAGCCAUUCUGUUUUCUGUUGGGAGAUAUAAAAUAUCGUUAAAGAACCUAACUUUUGAAACAUUGAGUGAGAAAAUUCAAACUGGUGAGCAUGACAGUUCACAAGAUGCCAUUGCAACGAUGAAUGUUAUAAAGAAGAAAAUAGGUGUAUCGAUAAAUCAAGUGAAAUGGGAUGUAUAG